GGAGACAAUUAUAUAUGAUGUUUCAUGUAUAUAUAUUGCCUUUUUUGUUUUGUUGUGUGGUGAGUUUCGUGUAUAUAAAGGAAGGGCGACACUUGAGUUUUUUGCAUCAAACAAAACACUUGACACAUUUCAAAAGAAAUCAAUCAAUCGAGAAAUGGCAAUGUCUGGAACAUAUGUGGCGGAGGUACCACUAAAGGGGUCGGCGGAGAAACACUACAAGAGGUGGAGGAACGAAAACCACCUCUUCCAGGAUGCCAUCGGCCACCACAUCCAAGGUUGCACUAUGCAUGACGGUGACUGGGACUCCCACGGCUCCAUCCGAUCGUGGAACAUCACAUGCGAUGGAAAGCCGGAAGUCUUCAAGGAGAAGAGAGAGAUAGACGACAAAAAUAUGGCGCUAACAUUGAGAGGGCUAGAGGGUCACGCGAUGGAGAAGUACAAGAAGUAUGAGGUUAUCUACCAGUUCAUUCCCAAGUCGAAGGAAGGAUGCGUCUGCAAAAUUACUCUGAUAUGGGAGAAGCUUAACGAAAACUCCCCUGAACCCAUUAACUACAUGAAGUUUGUCAAGAGCUUAGUUGCUGACAUGGACGACCACGUCCUCAAGGGCCAGAACAAAGCUUAGAUACCCUCCGUGGUCAUUGUCGUAUAAUCAUCAUCUUUAUGUAUGUGUAUCUUUUGUGUUUGCCUCAUCCGCCUCUUUUCCCCUUUGUACUUGUUAUGCUAAUAAUAAUGGCGGUCUUUUUCUUUUAUGCUUAUGUAUCAUCUCGGUCUUUGAUGAUUAUAUAUAUGUUGUUAUGGUGUAUAAGUGUGCUCGUAAUAUAAAAGUAAUUGUAAGACAUAUAAAGCGCAUAAUAUAAGGAUGUAUAUAUAUAGUCUCAUUCAUUAUCAUCUAUCACAUAAAUUACUUUCAUCAAAAAUUAAAUAUAGGUAACUUUUUCAUGAGGCGACUGAUUACCCAAAAUCCAAAAAUAUCCAUUAAUCUUAAACAAAAUCAAACAGACUAAUUAAAGAAAUCAUAUAUGCACGUAACACAAACAAACUGACCUAU